CGUAGGUGAAGUGACAGCACAGGUUUCUCAGCGUUCCAACAUGCCGCGGUUCAAACUUCCCAAAACUAAAAGGAAGACUAAAAACAAAAAGGAGGACAAAUCCAGAAUUAUCAGCUGUGCUGUAGAAGAACAUGAGGUAACAAGUACCGGGAAGCAGGAGGUCGGUGACAAGGGGUCUCCUAAACAGAAGUGCACUAAUGAGCCUGUCAGGCGCCGAGAGAAAUCAGCCAAACAAGUGCACUUCGCUGUACUGCCUGAAAAAUACGAGCCACUGCAGGAGGAACAAACCGCGGAUAAAACUGUCGAAGAAAGCUGUGAGAAACAACACAAAUAUAAACAAUUCAGGAAAAACUUUGGAAAAGCUCUGCGCUACAGCUGGAAGUGUUUGGUGGUUGGUCUGCAGAGUUUCAGCACAGCCUACUCUGGGCCCCUGAGUGCAGCUACCACAUUGGUGUCAGAGGUCCAGAGACCAAUGGCAAGAACAUGAUUGGACAGAAAAUGUAAGGCUCUUGCUAUCAACAGUAAAGUGGAACAGCCCCUCUUCAUGUUUUAUAAUUGCAAGCUUUGUAAAGGUAAAGUUCCUGCCAAAACUGUGAAGAAUGUCUUUACAUGUUGCUGAUGCAUUAAUCCAGAUGUUCAGUGUAUAGCACUUUUGAAAUGUAAGAUCUCUUAAUUUGUUACCCACCUGCAUGUCAGAGCAAUUACUAGUCAUACACAUUUUUGCCAUUUACGCUGUAAAUGCUGUAAGUAGAUUUGAUCUGUAACAGGGUUUUUAAGUUUGGAAUUCCUAAAAUGAUCCUGAUUACAGAGGGGUUCAUUAUGAUGUGUGAUCAUUUUUAGAAAUUUGCAACCACUAAGGUCCACACAUUUGUAUGCUGAGCCAUAUAAGCUACUCAGCUUGCACUUCCCUUUUUUUAAAUAAUUUGUGUCACCUAAACAUUCUUUUCCAUAUUCAAAAUGUUUUACUUCAAUUAAGUGUUUCUUUUACUUUAGUUUAAUAUUUCUCCUAAUGUCAUUUAGUGUUAUUUCUUCAACACUUAAAUGCUAAAAUAAGGAAUCAAUAACAUUUCUUUUUAAUUAAAUGCAGUAUAACACAACAGCUUUAACAAAACACAUAUGUUCACUAUUUUGACUGAAGUCUUCACAUUGACCAAUUGAUCAAGCCUAGAUAUUAAUCAAGUUACAUUAUGGUAGCACCUCCAAAUCAUACAGCUUAAAGUCGGUCAGUUCACUUACAAUGAAGACCUUAAUUUCACUAACUGGGUAAUCUAACAUGAUAAAGUUACCUAAAGUCAUUUAAUGGGGUCUGCAGUAAUUCCAUACAGUAAGCAACUUUCCAGUGCAACUUUACAAGAAGCCUAAACAUUUUGGGGGUGGGGGGAUGUAUUGGUAUCAUUGCUGUCCUAAUUAUUACUAUUAUUAGUGUGCUUAUGUGUGUAGUUUAAAAUGCAUCUCGUUUUGGCUAACUUGUAUAGUGCAUUAGACUGACUUUUUAAAUUGUUUGACUUUACAUUUCUACGUGCCUUUAAAACUAAAUCUUUUAUAUGGAUCUCUAGAUGCAUAUUUCCAUUAUAAUGCCAUGCCUGGCUUUAGCAGACUAGCUAGUCUAAAAGUUAAAUAAGCUUUUUCUUUUAUCACAGUCUAAGCAAAUAGUAUCAGCAGUCUGUAAUCAGAAUCUGAUUAAUCAGGCUUGUGACUUUCUGUUAAGUGCCCUAAUCACACGCUUUUUCCUGUUGAUAAGCUUUCAUCAAUAACACAUGAUGAACUUUGGCAUGAUUUUGUUAGUAAGCUAUUUUUUAAUUUAAUUCCAAUAAAGACAUUUUAAAGAGAAAAUCAUUGAAGUAUUAAGAAAACAAAAUAUUUAUUCUGUUGCUGUUUAGUUCUGCCUGUUAAAUGUUAUUAGUAUUAAUUACGUUUACAUUUCAUACAUGAACAUGCAAUACAGAUAAUGAUACAGUUGGAAUAAAUGGGUUUGAAGGAUGUAUAGUUAAAUAACACAAAUAAAGCAAAAAAGACCUAAAGAUAAAUCAGUAUUUAUGCAGCGUUUGUAUUUUUUAUUGCUUUUUAUUGUUUUUAAUUAAAGGUAUGUUGCUUAUUGAAAAUUUUAGUUAUUAUAAAUGCAUUUUGUAGUCACAUGGGACUAUAAAAUUGGAGAGUUGUAUUGGAGAGAUAUAUUGAUACAUACUUAGACCUUGAGAUCCCUUUGUGAGAAACACAAUGUAUUUUUACCAUUAAAAAUGAAUUUAAAACAUGUCAACGUUCCAUAUUAUGUUUAAUCGUUGAUCAUAUCAAUUUGUAAAUAAAAAAAUCUAAUUUA